AGGAUAUCGUCUUUCUGUAUUCCAUUUCCACCGAUUAAAAGGGGGCUUCUUCAUCUCCGCUCAGCCCUUGUUGAUCGGAGAGAAGACUCGUUGCUGUUUCUUCUCCUUUUGUUGAUCGCGUUCUUUGUAACUGUCUCCUAGCAGCCGAACCUAAUGGCCAAUGCAGCGUCUGGUAUGGCAGUCCAUGAUGACUGCAAGUUGAAAUUUUUGGAGCUCAAGGCGAAAAGAACAUAUCGGUUUAUCGUAUACAAGAUCGAGGAGAAGCAAAAGCAGGUUGUUGUGGAGAAGCUUGGGGAGCCUGCCCAAGGCUACGAGGAUUUCACUGCAAGCCUUCCUGCUGAUGAGUGUCGUUAUGCUGUCUAUGACUUUGAUUUUUUGACUGAAGAGAAUGUCCCAAAAAGCAGGAUUUUCUUCAUUGCAUGGUCACCUGACACCUCAAGGGUCAGAAGCAAGAUGAUUUAUGCAAGUUCCAAGGAUAGAUUUAGGAGAGAGCUUGAUGGAAUUCAGAUAGAGUUGCAAGCCACUGAUCCAAGUGAGAUGGGUCUUGAUGUCUUUAAAAGCCGUGCCAACUAAACAUGAAGGAUAGUUCUUCAGGCAGGAACUUCUUUUAUAUGGUCUACUUGGGUGAAAUGUUUAUAGUUUUUUGGAUGAUAAGCUUGGCUGAUUUCUAUGGUACUGAUAUCCAAGUCUUACUGUAAUUUUUUACUUCAUCUUGAACAUGCAUCAGUUGUCUCUGGAAUCUUGUUGUGAUUGUGAUUUGUAAAACCCUCUCUCUCUCUCUGGUUGUUCUCUUAAGCCUUAUUUCUGAGAGGGUAAUAUGUAUCGGUCUGUGAAGGUGUUGCAUUAGAUGCCACUUUUUCUAUAAAUUUCAAAUAUUUGGUCAGUUUACCUUGGAAUGUUGGAAAUACUUUCCAUUGAAGUAGGAAUAUUGAGAGGGCUUUAUUUUUUGGGGUG